AUGGCACGGCCGGUUAAGAGGCAAGCACAAGUAGCACAAGAUGACAUUAAGGAGGAACACCUUUUGGCUUUCAUUCUGAAGAAGAAAUAUGAAAAAGAUGAUGAUUGCAAAACAGAACUCAAGAAAUAUUGUGAAGAGUUGAAGGAAGCAGAUGGUUUGAAAGUAAAUGAUAAAGUUAAAGAAAUUUGUGAUGAUAAAAAACGAGACGAAAAAUGCAAAGACGUGAAAAAAAAAGUUGAAGCAGAAUUGAAAGCUUUUGAAGGGGAGCUUGAUACUGCAUUGUCAGAUGACAUACAAGAUGAAGAUUGUGAAAAAUAUGAAGAAAAAUGUAUACUUUUAGAAGAGACGAGUUAUAGUGAUAUUAAGGAGAACUGUGUCGAGUUGAGGGAAGGAUGUUACAAAUUGAAGCGUGAAAAGGUGGCAGAGGAGCUCCUUUUGAGGGCUCUCGGAAAGGAAGCUAAAGAUAAAUGUGAAGAAAAGAUGAAAACUGUUUGCCCAGUGUUAAGCCGAGAAAGCGACGAAUUGAUGUCUUUUUGCCUUGAUCCGAGUGGAACGUGUGAUGCACUGAAAAAAAAAUUGGAUACUGUUUGUGGGCCUUUAAAAGAAAAGCUUAAAGAUAACGAAUUAGAGGGAAAGUGUCAUGAAAGACUUGAGAAAUGUCAUUUUUACGGAGAAGCGUGUGAUGGUGCGAAAUGUAAGGAGGAUAAGACGAAAUGCGAGGGAAAAGGAUUCACAUAUAAAGCGCCAGAAUCUGAUUUUAGUCCGGUGAAACCAAAGGCGUCGUUGUUAAGAAGUAUUGGGUUGGAUGAUGUCUAUAAAAAAGCUGAAAAAGAAGGAAUUAUUAUUGGAAAAUCAGGAGUGGAUCUACCAAGGAAGUCAGGUACAAAAUUUCUGCAAGAUCUCUUGCUAGUCUUGAGCAGAGACAAGGGAGAGAAGGAUAUAGAUAAAAGGUGCACCGAAGCGUUAAAUAAAUGUGAUGCUUCUAAGUAUUUGAAUACUGAUUUGAUGAAGUUAUGCAAAGAGAAUGAUAAACAAGAGAAAUGCAAAGCAUUACUAGAUGUAAAUGUAAAAGAAAGAUGUACAAAACUCAAAUUAAAUCUUUAUGUGAAAGGGUUGUCUACAAAAUAUAAUGAAAAAGAAAAAUCAGAACUUUUAUUCUGGAGAGAACUGCCAACAUUAUUUACGAAGGGAGAGUGUGCAGAACUUGAGUCGGAAUGUUUCUAUUUAGAAAAUGCGUGUAAAGAUAAUGAGAUUGGUGAAGCGUGUCAAAAUCUACGAUCAGCGUGCUAUAAAAAGGGACAAGACAGGAUGUUGAAUAAGUUCUUUCAAAAGGAAUUGAGGGGAAAUCUUGGUCUUGUAAGAUAUCGUAGCGAUCCUGGUGAUUGUAAAAAAUAUGUAGUGGGAAACUGUACAAAACUUGAUAAAAAAUAUCUUCCACGAUGUCUUUAUCCUAAAGAACUAUGUUAUGCGCUUUCAAAUGAUAUUUUUCUUCAAUCCAAAGAGUUAAGUUUGCUUUUGGAUGAUCAAAGGGAUUUUCCAUUUGAAAAGGAUUGUCUUGAAUUGAAGGAGAAGUGUGAUGAACUUGGUAGUGAUUCAUUAUUGAAUUUAGAAAAGUGUAUAACAUUGAAAAGACGCUGUGAAUACUUUAAGGUUACAGAGGGAUUUAGAAAAGUAUUUUUAGAAAAAAAGGAUGAUUCGUUAAUGACUCAGGGAAACUGUACAAAGGUAUUGCAUGAGAAAUGUAAUACUUUAUAUAGGAGGAGAAAGAAUUCAUUUAGUGUUUCAUGUGCUUUACCAGAAGAAACAUGUAGUUAUAUGGUAUUCCAUACAAGUCAAGAUUGUAGUAGUUUAAAAGUCAACAUCAAGAAUGAAAAAAUUCUAGAAAAAAUUGAACAAGAAAAAGCAAAUGAAGCCUUGGUUGAAGAACUCUGCACAACAUGGGGCCGACAUUGUCACCAACUUAUGGAGAAUUGUCCGGAUGACUUGAAAAAAAAAGAAGGUGAUAAAGAUCAAAACUGUGAUGAACUCGAAAAAAAAUGCAGUGAAACUUUUGAAAAGUUGAAAUUGAAGGAGGAGCUAACUCAUCUGUUGAAAGGAAGUUUAAGCAAAGAUGAUGAUUGUAAAAAAAAAUUAGGAGAGAGUUGUACUGAGUUGGAAAAGAAUCAAACAUUCAAAAUUCUGCUUACUAAUUGUGAUGAUCCUACCAAGGGAAAUGUUUGCAAAAAAUUAGUUGGUAAAGUAAAAGAGAGAUGUCUUACUUUAAAAGACGAACUGAAGAAAGCGAAAGAUGAGUUGACAGAGAAGAAAGAUGAAUACGAUGAGCUCAAACAGGUGGCAGAAAAAUCUACAGAGGCAGCUAAGUUAUUGCUAUCAAAGUCUGGAAAAGCCGCAAUGCCAAGUGGACAGGAUAGCAAUGCUUCUGGACCAGUACCAGCACCAGCAGAAUCAUGGUCGCCAUCAUCACCAGCAGUUCCACCACCACCACCAUCACAAAAUGGAACGCCAGACACACCAGGUGGAGAAACAGGCACACCAAGCGGGGCAUCAAACACACCAGGUGGAGUACCAAACACACCAGGUGGAAUGAUGAAGUAUGCAAAACUUGGACUCGUUAAAAGAGCAUAUGUAGAUGGAGGUGUAUCAGAAGUAGAGGUAAAAGCAUUUGAUGCAACGACGAUAGCAUUGGAGUUGUAUUUGGAAUUGAAAGAGGAAUGUAAAACUUUAGAAUUAGAUUGCGGUUUUAAAGAGGAUUGUUCAGAUCUUGGUAUUUGCGGAGAAAUAGACAAGUUAUGCAAAGAAAUAGAACCAUUAAAAGUUACGCCUCAUCAUACAGAGAAAAUAACAGAAAUCUCAACCACUACGACGACCACUACGACGACCACUACGACGACUACUACCACGACUACGACGACAACUACUACUACAACCAAGCCGGGAAGUGGAGGAAAAGUAACAGAAGAGUGUACAAUGAUACAAACAACAGAUACAUGGGUAACGCGUACGUCAUUGCAUACGAGUACGACAACGAGUACGUCGACAGUGACGUCGACAGUGACGUUGACCUCGAUGCGCAAGUGUAAGCCUACCAAAUGUACCACCGAUUCAAGCAGAGAGACAGAUAAAGGAGAAGAAGGAAAAGAUGAAGAAGAUGUAAAACCGAAUGAUGGGAUGAAAAUAAGAGUUCCUGAUAUGAUUAAAAUAAUGUUGUUGGGAGUGAUUGUUAUGGGGAUGAUGUAA